AUGGUGGUACUGGGAGAACCUCUCACCUGUCUGAACCUGUGUUUAGAGGGUGGGAAGCAGUGUCCUGGUGGUAUGUUACUGGUACCCUCUUUAACAUGGCUUCAGAAAGAACCCACCAAUGAAGGAGAUCUGCAAACCUUACGAGUACACAAGGCUGUCACAUUUAAUUCUUGUGGUCGAACAUUUUUGGACAUCUUCACUCCACCUCGUCGUGUCACUUACUUCAUGAACCUUGCUACAGAUGAUGAGAAAAGCAAUGUUUGCAUGCUCAGCUACAAAGUGGAUUUUGAAAAAGAUUUAGAAUGCCCACUGGGAGUCAAGCAAGAUUUGAUGAAGAGUUUGGAUGAUCGAAUUCUCACUCGUAUUCUGGUUGUGGACGCUGGUGUUGCCUAUCCUGAUACGCUGGCAUUUUUGUACAGAUCACGAACGCCUUAUAACCAGGAGAGACGCAAUAUUUACGUGGUCGCUGUUGAAAAUAAAGACGACGGAAAAGAAAAGAUCAAAAAUGAACCGGCUGUAGUUGUCAAAGUAGGCGUACAUGCUUCAGGAAGAGUGACCUACCAUUCUGCCCAUGACCAAGCUGGCGUCUACAGCGCCAUGUGUCAAGGUCUACAUGUUCUGGAAGAGGGGGAGAGCAUCAUUGUGGAGGCAUUUUGUGAGACCCUUAAACAAUUACCAGUCCCUCAUCUUGACUACGAGGAACAGGCAGUCGGCAUCAAAAGCAAGGAGUUGUCCUGUACAAUCCGAGCUGUCGUCUGCGGCACUCCCAACGGGAAUCAGCUGGUUUCAGACGUCGUCUGUGGCGUUGGUCACUCGGACAGAACGCUUCAUUGUGACAACACUUUACCAGUGUCACUGGAAAGCUUUCUAGUUCAGUGGGGAUUGCAGGACAGAUCCAAAAUUGAAAAUAUCCGUUCAAUGAUCAAGAAAAAGGCGGAGGACAUUUGGAUGAAGCACGAGGAGAGUAUGAACAAAGAGAAACGCGGAAGUUUUUUGUCAGAUACAGGCAUAAUAGGUGUCAAUUUUGUCUUGACACAGCAAGAAGACAGCAGUUAUGACGCCGUGGUUGUAAGCAUCAAUAACGGCAGGAAAACCAUCGCGAACACGCAGAUCUACGAGUUUCAAAACCCGACCAAGCUUGGAAGUUGCGUCCGACCUCUGGUGGCAACCAUGGUCAAUCGUAGUCAGCGGUUCCUUCUUCGAGGAAAGCAAAUCCUUCUAAUUGGCGGAGGGGAAGGAGUAAGCAAAAAGUUUGUUUGGGAAGCUGCCGAGAAUUACUUUGUGAAGAUCAUUUUGAUUGACCCUGAUCCUAAUCACAGUGCGGCCAAAAGUGUAUACAAGUUUAUCCAAUGUGAUAUAGAAGACGUAAGUCAUGACGAUGAAAUUACCAAGAGUGUUGACCAAAUAAUUCGCACUCAAGGCCUGGUCGUAGACGGAUGCAUGACCGUUGUUGAUGAAUACGUUCCUCUGACGGCUCUGGUGUGCGAGGCACUGCGCCUGCCUGGUAAUACGCCUGAAGCUUCAAGAAAGACUAAGAAGAAAAGCCUUACUCAAAAAGUUUUAGUGGAAUCUACAGUCAGGAGCUCUCCUCUACCAAACGCAAAUGUUUAUGCAGUCAUUACACACGAUAUUAUCCAACCUGAAGAUGUGAAGGGAUCGUCAAACAUUAUUCAGUAUCCGGCACUGUUGAAGCCAGAAUACGGGUCAGGUUCUCUUGGAGCAUGCCUUGUCAAAGACGAGACAGAAUGCCUGAAGUCCUUCAACGCAGUUCAGAAAAUCUUAAAAGCUGAGGACGCAAAUGCGUUAGUAAAUUGUUACGGCAACGAAAUACACCUAGCCGAGUAUGCACGGGGAACCAAGCAUGGAGUCGAUAUCGUCAUGUUUCGAGGAAAGAUUUUAGCGGCAUUCAUCUCUGAUUGUGGACCUACUCGCCUUCCGCUUUUUAUCGAGACUUCAUCGUGUAUGCCGUCAUGUUUACCACUUGACAAGCAACGACAGUUGGUAACGGCCACACAGCAGUGUGUUAGAGCAGUUGGUCUCACUGAUGGUGUGUAUAAUAUUGAGUUUAAAAUGACACCCAUGGGACCAAAAUUGACUGAGAUCAAAGGUAGAAUGACUGGAUACCAUUACCGGAACUGGAUACUAGCCGUCUUUGAUACGGAUAUCCUUUUCCUAAAUUUCUUAAUUGCAUGUGGGAUACAACCCAGCGUCCGGCCAUUGGAGCCAAUGUGUCAGCUCAUGGGGGUCAUGUGUACCACAACAGCCCACGCCGAGGCACUAUCGCAACCGGGCAUUGCUACACUGGAGAUCCUUGCCAAGGCUCAUGAAAAAGGAGAAAUAAUUUUCUUCCCAAUAGAGCCCAACUUGGAGGGAAAUGAACCCUUUGAGAAGCCAUUAUUUCAUGUAGCUGUUAAGGGGAAAUCUGUAGAUGAAGCGAAGAAAAAGCUGUUGGCUGUUUGCAGGAAAUAUGGGAUAGACAACCAACAGUAUCUAGUGGAGCGCUUUCUGUCCCCUUUCGUGGAGUUGUCCUGGCAAUGA